CCUCAAACAUCCUUUGCUUGAGUGAUCAAGUCGCAUCCACACCUUCUGGUGUCGCCCAGUCUCGUUUUCUCUUCUCUAAGAGUAAUCACUUAAAGGAACGUGACCAACUGCAGGCGAGGGAUCUACAACCGGUGGUUCUCUACUACGUUCAGGACGCAGAAAUGGGAUGGUUAGAUCCUACAGAUUCACAACUAGUACAAGAUGAUCAGGAUGCAGAAACAAGAUGUUCAGAUCCUCAGAAGAACUCUUAUUUUCAAUGCCCGCGGCAGAACAUGCCUCUACAGGAACCUGGACUUGGAUCUGACCAACAACAUUCAACAAAUAACCAGGCUUCUCUUGUUGAUCUUCAAAGUAUCAUUGGCUGUCAUGGCGGUACAACAGAGCAUGCUGAGAAUGCUGCUGAUCCUUCAGCUAAUCAAUCAAAUCAGCGUUAUGCCUUCGAAAUAUACGAUGCACGAAAAAGGCAAAUUCCUCAAGUCUCAGGCUCACAAUUUGUUAAUGAAAAUUGCAAUUCAAAGCCAUUCACACAUAGCCAUCCGAAUUCUAAUAGUAGUUGUGAUCAAGUAUCUAUGCAAGAGCCUGCACCACGGCCCAAAGAUCUAGCGGACAGUUGCGUAUAUUUAUUUAACGAAUCAGACCGACACCUUGUACCACAGCCCGAACAGCUAGCAUAUACGUAUCUAUAUAUAAAGGAGAAUGGAUGUUUGGUCUGGAUUGGUACAAUUAAAGUCGACAGUGAGGGAGAUGUUUUUAUGGAGCCUGAAAUAUAUGGCGAAUCACUUAGAUAUCUGUAUAUAAAGAAGAAUGGACGUCUGGUCUAUAUUGGUAAACUUCUAUUGGGCAAUGGGAGUGACGCUUCUACAGAGUUUGAAGUAUGCAGCGAAUCAGGCCAACACAUAAAUAGUAAUGCACACAGCCUUGUACCACAACCUGAAGAACAGAUAUCACUUACAGAUCUUUAUAUACAGAAGAAUGAUUGUCCGGUCUGCAUUGGUAAAAUAUUAGUGGGCAAUGGAAUAGACGUUUCUACAGAGUCUGAAGUAUGCAGUGAAUCAGGCCAACAUAUAUAUAGUAAUGCACACAGCCUUGUACCACAACCUGAAGAACAGCAAUCACUUACAGAUCUUUAUAUACAAAAGAAUGGAUGUCCGCUCUGGAUUGGUACAGUAGUAGUGGACAAUGGGGGAGACAUUUCUACAGAAUCUGAAUUAUGCAGCCAAUCAGGCCAACACCUUACUAGUAGGGAUGCACAGAGCAUUAAUCUACAACCUGAAGGACAGCAAAGAUACGAAAUUACAUAUUCACUACCAGACGGAUACCUGGUCUCAAGUGGUAGAGAUAAUUCAGACAACCAGGUACACUUAAGUAUGGAAUCUGAAAUAAGUGGUACCUCUAAUUUGGAAGAAAAACUAUGGGUUAAGCUUAAGAAACCCCGUGAAAGUCUUCAACAAUUCUUGUGUAAGAACUGGCAAGAAAUGAUAAGACAUUUGCCAGUUCCUAAACCAAAGAAGGAAAACAGAUAUGACUGGCAGAAAAAGGAACCUGAGGAUCCAGAGGAAAAAAUUAAAUGGAAGAACGCUAUUAAGCAAAAGUAUUGGCGUGUUAUGCGUGCGCCAGUCAAUAUUUUUACCAAUGUUAAGCAAGAGCCGGUCAAAAUUCCAACCACUGUAAAGGAAGGCAAAGAAUGGCAGCAAAUAUUUAUAGCCAGAUGUAAACAAACUUAUUGACCAACAUCUGUCAGACCAAGCCUCAAUGAUCUUUUAAGUUGAUGGACCAAGAAACGACAAAACAGCAGAAGGCAUUGCAUCCCAGAUCUGUUACAAAGCCUUCAGAUGGAAACCUCAUACAACACUUAGCAAACAUGCUGUGAAUUGAUCAUUGAGAACAGUAUACAGUAGAUGGAACACGUGUUCAAACCAAUUCCAAGAGAAUACAUUUACUAAGUGUUUUGUUACUUUAAACUUUAAUCUGUAUCAUUUUCAUGCAGAGAAAACAUGUAUAUCAAAAUUCGCAAUAUGAAAAGCUUUUUUUUUAUGAUAUUGUUUUCAUUGGAUUUAGGUGUUAGAACAAAUCUCAAACUAUUCUAUUCCUUUGGAUCAAUUGUAGAUCAGCUCUUGGACCACUGGUGUUCUUAACCAUGAUUGUGAACAUUAUUGCAGAUAUUAAACACUCACAUUUUUAGCUGAUACCAUUAACAUUAGUAGAGGAUAAAGACAAACUAAGAAAGGAUAUACAUGCCAUUUAUGUAUGGACAACUGAAAAUUCUAUGAAUAUAAGAUGCUGAUAAAUUCGAACGUUUAAGAUUAGUCUAACUGGAAGCUCAAGGCCAACUUUAUACUCUGUCAGCAGAAUAGAAGAAAAGGCCUGUUCAUAACUAAUGAUAAGAGCUUCAGUCACCACAUUGAGCUGUCAGUCAAUAAAGGAAAAGAACUGAUGUAGGGAUGAGGACUUUUAAAAAAGAAAUCCAAAAUAUUUGCUGUCACUAGGGAAAACACCAGUGGUGCCAAGAUUGGAAUAUCAAAGAAAGAUACUUUAUUGUAUAUAUAUGAAAGAUCACUGAGCAACUGGCACCAAAUCCAAGAGAAGUAUGAAUUAGUAUAAUUCCAUUCGUUACAAUGGUGAUUCUUGGAGUGACCGGCUGUAUCUGUACUUUGCUUCUAAAUUGGCCUCUUUCUGCUCAAACUUCACAAUUUAUGUUUUAUGGAACCUGCCUUUUUUAUUAAUUGGCCAAGACUGUUUGGCCCCAGAAAUGAGUCAUGAACAUAAUGUAGGUAACCAUUGUCUGAUUAUAAUUCGUAAUGUAAGUCGAUUAUACAGAUAUUUUAUUUUUCAUAAAUAUUUUUCUUGUUAGGGUGAGCUCCUCUUAAAAACUUAUGAUACCCUCUUAUACCAAAAGGUGUCUUAUGUAGUUACAAGAUUAAAUACUGAACACUUAUCAUUACUAUGUACAUUGUCUGUUUUAUUUUGUAUUAUGUUCAAACAAUAAAGAGAAUAUGACUUUU